AUGCUUGUCUCUCCCGCACCGCUCGUAUCGCACGACUUUUCUUCUUGCCAACAGUGGAGAUUCGGAUUCUCGUCGGUUUCGACGCUCGAAACACUCCUCGACAAGCCAAACGUUACGCUCGAAGAUGUGCUUGACGAGGAUGACUUGCUUCAGGAAUGCAAGUCGCAGAAUCAGAAGCUCAUCAACUUUCUUCGACAACCUCGCAUCGUCAAGAGAUUGAUGGAUCAUGUCGUCGGCACCGCGACCGUUGGAGGCACCGGAGGCAAAGACUGGGAGGAAAAGGUCAAAUUCAAGUAUCCCUACGUCGCUUCCGAGGUGCUCAGCUGCAGUGAAGUAUGGCCCAUCAUCGACGCCAUCUUUUCGGAUCCAAAGGAGUACCUCGUGCCCUUCUGGAACGCUGUCUUGACACCAACCCCCUCACCUUCGCAAGCGCCCUUGCCUAUGCACUCGCAUCCUCUAUUCGCCGAAAACGACGCCUCCUCCUCCACAGGCUCCUCGACGUCGACCUCGCCUUCCCCGCACCUCAGCGUCACCAACUUUUCCGAUCCUUCCAACACGGCGUCAGUCAACUCUGGCAGCUCACGGCCUUCCUCCGACUCCGAAUCGGAUGCCGAUGGCAGACUUCGCGCUACCAGCGCUCUCGAGAAUGGACCGGGACGAGGGGUGCUGGCUGGCUAUUGGGCCAAGGUCAACGGCGCAUAUCUCGAACGCAAACCUGCCGAAAUGCUCGACUUUAUCAAGGAUCAGCCGCGCAUUGUGGAGCGCUUUGUCGCGCAUCUCGAAACGCCAGCCGUGGUCGAUUUGCUAUUCCGCAUCAUCCAGAUGGAGGAGACCAUGCGUACGCCCGUUCAGUCAACCGACAUUAUCGACUGGCUCUCAUCCCAGGACUUGAUAUCCCGUACCGUCGAUCUUCUCGCACCCAACUACUCUGUCGACAUCCACAACACCGUCUCUGAGCUGCUCAAGGCCAUCAUCGCCCUUUCUGCACCUUCGCCCGCCGCCCUCAAUCAGGGCCAGGGUCAAGAGAUGGGCGGAGCUCUCGGAGAGGCGCAGGAGAAUACCGCUGGCAUCAACAACCGCCUCGUGCGAGAACUCGCCAGCGAGCCCAUUGUGCGCAAAAUGGUUGGCUACAUGCUCGACUCGCAGAUGCCGAGACACUUACACCGUCGUCUCACAGAUGUGGCGGAUGAGCAACUCUCGCAGCUCUCUUUGCAAGACUUGCGAAAGCCAUCUCAAAGGCGCGAUGCUUCGCUAUCGACACUCGAGGAAGGUGUCGCAUCUUCCUCCGCAGUUGAGGACGAUGACGAUGACGAUGAGUCCUUUGCACGACCUCUCAAUCCCCGCGAGUUCCCCGCCUCCGAGUCUCGCUCGCCCGGACAACACGAUCACCGUGGCUCGACAGCGACUGUGCGCCCCGAAAACCUAUUUCCACCCGUGUCGGCACCCACUGUACCUAUCACAUCCGAGACCUGCAGUUCGACACUGGUCACAUGCAUCGGAGUCUUCAUCGAGCUGAUCCGCAAGAACAACAGCGACUAUUUCGAGCAGCAUCUGCUCCGCACCUUGCACAACCACCUCGUCAAGCGGCAGAGCGAGUUGACGGAGAAGCGUCUGCAGAAGAGGGAAGAGGAAGAGGCUGCCACUUCAAAAGCAGCUCAGCAAGAAGGCGAAACGGUUGACCCGACGCACACAGACGACACCGAUGAUCCAGAAACGGCUCAAAAAGCGAUGGAUGGGCUGGACGAAGAGGAAGAGGACGUACAAGGCAUGGAGGAGGCCAUGGCCGAGAUCGUCGACAAGAUGGGCCUGGUGCAUCUCGGCCCCAUGCUUCGUGUCUUGUCCGAGCGACUUUCAGACUUUCAGCAGCUCGUCAAGGAACCGCGCGAGCGCGACGUCACCAUUCCGACCUCCGUUGGCGAUGUGGCCCCGCUUACAUUCGAGAGGUAUCGAAUCACUGAGCUUUAUGCCGAGCUGCUUCACUGCUCCAACAUGGCGCUGCUGAACCGCGCGCCUGGCGAGGGUCCGUGCUACUCUGAUGACGGCGUACUGACUGGCGGCCUUGAAGGGCUACAGACGCUCGCACGGACCCUGCAGGGAGGCGAUGGCCCAGAGGUAGGAGAUACUUCUGUGGGUACUGACAUGGCAGCUCCGCAGAGCCCUCACGAACAAGGCACGGCGAUCAGCACUGUGGCAGCAACAGCUGUAAACGAAAAUGACGCAAAUGACCAAAACGCAGCCCACGCUUCAGGCCACAGUCGUGACCAAUCGAGCACGGGAGCAUCCACCGAUUCAACGGACGAAGCGGACGAUGAGGCCCUUCUGAACGAGGUUGCGCUCGGCGACAAGCCUAUCGCGACAGCCGAGGCCGGUCACAGCAGUGUCGAGACAUCUGCUGAUGCGUCGUCGAAGGCGUCCAACAGGAAAAGCCCGCGCAUCACGUCGAGCGCCUCUCUCGAGGAGGGCAGAGGCGAUGCCGCUUCGGUCCACACUGCCCUCUCCGGACUUUCUCUCGCCGAAUUGACGUCGCCCAGACGGUCGGGUCCGCCCAGUCCCAUCGAUGAGGCAAAGGACUAUGUCAUCGGUGACAUGCUCAAGAGGAAGUUCCUCGAAUGCGGCAUUCUUCCAUCGCUGCUCGAUUUGUUCUUCGACUACCCCUGGAACAAUUUUCUUCACAACGUUGUUUAUGACAUCCUGCAGCAAUGCUUCAAUGGACGCAUGGACGUCGGCCUCAAUAGGAAGCUUACCGUCGCAGUGUUCGAUCAGGGACACCUUACUUCCCGCAUCGUGGAAGGACGCAAGCGAAAUGAAGACUCGGUGGCAGGUCCCCGCCGAAUCCGACUUGGUUACAUGGGCCACAUGAACCUCAUCGCUGAGGAGACCGUCAAGCUGCUGGAGCGCUAUCCGCUCGAGGUCGCGCGUCCCGUCGAGGCGUUUACCGAGCGCGAAGAAUGGCGCCAGGUGGUCUCGGAGACGCUGGAGGAGAUUCGAGAGAAGGAAGGAGGUCCGCUCGCGUUCAAUCGUGGUCACGACGGCAUGUCCAUGUCCUUCGGUUCUGGUGCAGAUGAUGACGACGAUGAUGGAGGCAUCGGCGGUGCUGGAAGCAGCUCCUUUGCCAGCUAUCUAUCAUCGCAAAUUGGCGGAGCGGCCGGUUCGGACGAUGACGACAGCGACGACGAGGCUUCGUGGCUGUCGAGCGAGAUGAAGCGAGGCGGCAAGGAGGGCAGCGGCUUCGACGACGCGUUCACACCAAGGCAAGGGUCUGGUGGCGGUGGAGGCGAGCUCGGCGACGACGACGAGGAUGACGAUUGGGGGCCGUUCGCGGACCCCAGCGACGCCAAUGCUGGCGGCGCCACCCAGAGCUUCGACUUUACUUCGUCUGGCGCAGCUGCGGACGGUGCUGCCAGCAACUCAAAUCCCUUCGCCGAGAAUCUAACUCCUGCUGACUGGUCGGCACAAUUUAGAAGGGAAUUUGAAGAAAGCGGCCCUCGACACGGUAACGAAAUGGAUGAGGACGAUGAGGAAGACGACGAAGAGGAGGAGAGCGGCGCUACUCAUACCGCCGCGGUCAGCAUUCCAUCCAAGCCUGUCGCCGACAGCGCCGAGCAAACAUCGGCACUGAGCUCAAGUCCCUUCUCGCCGCCGAAGGGGAUCGACGCUGCUUCGCUCGGCUCUGACGUCGUGAGCAAAGCACACGCCCGUCGCCCCUCACUCGGCCAGCUGGAAGCCGCCGAACUGGGCAGUGGCGAUCAAACUUCGCUUAACCGUCGUCGAGGCUCGCUCGGGUCUGCAGGUCCCGAGAUCGCAGAAGUGACAGAUGCAGAGGAUCCACUGGGACCUGGCAUGCCGACGACGGUGUCGCAGACUGAAGAGGGGAAGCUUCAGCGAACCCUGGCAGACGGAACAACGGUUGUGGUGCCGUUGGAUGAGGUGGCGCUGGGCGCUGGCGAGGCUGGAUCUCCUCCCAAGGGCAGCGCUUCGUAG